AUGGCUCAACAGUGCGAACAGAUCUUGGUCACAUACAUACUUACGAAAACAACAAAGAGAAGCACCUUACGAACUCAAAACAGCCACCGCAAAACGCAUUCUAAAAUGAACCGUCUAACCCACGUCUUUUACCUUUGCCUGCUUUUGGUCUUUUGGUCAGCAGUCCAUGCCACGCCUCUUCAAGAAAGGGCACCCCAACAACCGCCAGAGCCCGCACCGCCCUGUGCUCCCGUCAGCACCUGCACCUUCGUUACUGGUAAAGCCCAAAAUAACGUUACGCCGACAUUCGACGGCGCAAUUACGUUUGUGGAGACAAAGGGCUCGUUAGCCAUUAAUGGGUUCUUGCAGAUUAUUGGUGUGGGUGCAGGACCGAACCCUCUUGGAUUUGACAUUCACGUAGCUCCAUGUACUUCUGCCGACCCUAACCAACAGGGCGACCCAGCAACCAUUGAUUUGGAUGGUCUCGUUACGUUUGGUUCAGCCUUCGCCGGAAACAGCAAAGAUUUGUCACCAACACCUGUCACUACCGUGGCCGCAGUCAAUGCAACUCGAUCGGAAUUAUACAUGGUCAAACCCGUUAGACAACAGGAUCUCGACUUCAUGAAAGUCGAGCACGGAUGGUGGGAGGCUGAAAAGAUUGCGCAGACACAUCAACGUGUACAGGAAGCAAUCAAAAGGGCCGAGCAGGAAUUUGUAGAACAAGAGAAACAGGGCUGGGAAGAGGGUCAGAGAUUGUACGUGCAAUUGCAACGAAAUCGUGCAGAACAGAUAGCAGAACUUGAGUAUAUGCGCAGUCAUAAAUUUAAUAAAAGGCAGCAAAUGGUAGAUGCGUAUUGCCAAAAGUUUGAUCAACAGCUUGAUAAAGUUUUAGAAACAUUUACCUCUGCUUAUGAAGUAAACGUUUUAUGUACCUUCGUGUUGAUGUCGUGUAAUCCUCUAUCACUUUCAUAUUCACAUCUCGAAUCGUUUACAUCGUCAUCUCCUCCGUUACAGGCAGAGGAAAGAAAAAUCGCGGCUGCGCGGGAAGCAGCCGAGCAUGCUCGUCGCGAAGAGGAGGCUAAAAAAGCGGCUGCGGCCGCGGCUGAAAUCCGUAGAAAGGCCGAAGAGGAGAAAAAGCGAGCUGCGGAAGCAGCAAGAAAGGAAGCUGAAGCAAAGCAGAAGGCAUUGCAGUUGAAAAUGGAACAAUUACAGCAACAACAACAGAAACAGGCAGAAGCCUCUGUGUCAGAAGAAGUGUUAAAGAAAGAAAAGGAAUACAAAGAUUUUAUAAAAAAAUGUAAAAAUGAUUUGAAAAAUGAUCCUAAACUGAAUGCCGAGAGAUCCACAAUAAAACAGCAUUUCACAUUGCGGUUGAACCAGUUGACGAAUAAAAAGGAUCAUAUUAUGACGACGGCAAACGAGCUUUCUGCCCAACUUACUGGAGCGGGCAUGUCCACAGAGCAGCAUUAUUACAGGCUCAACAUGUUGGCCAAGACAAUUGUCGAUCAAAUCGGCAUAACAGUCCUCGAUAGACCGGAGAUGGCUUUUGCUUUCGGUCACUUGUGCAUUCUUUUGUACUCAAAGUAUGCCGAGUUUAGGAAAUUCGUAGAUGCUCGUCUGGCAAAGAAAUGCCCUUACGUACUUCCGAGAUACUAUGACAGAUCACAGGGCCAGAGUGCAGACGAAUACGACAAGUUGAUUGGAAGGCAAUCAAACGAAACCGAAGAAGUUUACCGAAAGCGAAUGUUGGCAUACGUCAGAUUCCAUCUUGCUGUCUUACAGACUAAGCCCUGGAUUCCUAACAUUCCGUACCAAAAAUUAAUUGAGGAAGCAUGGAUAUGGAUUGCAGAAAUUUUGAAUUUGAAACAACGGUCGAUAACCCCGGCAAUCCUUGAUGUUUUCAUAGAAGUCGUUGCACACAGAUUCUAUGAAGCCUUCCAACGGGAUGGCUUGAAAAUUCUGAAUACAAUCUAUCGCAGGUACUACGUUGAAGAUACGGAAGAAUUAAAACAAUUGAAAAAGCUAGUUCCAGGCGAUGUAGCAGUAUUACAGAACAGGCUUCAGGAAUGUUUCUCGAAGCAAACAUUUGCAGAGCCUCAAGGGAGGACUCCGUUGUGA